AUGGAGAUUAUGACUUUUUCUGAGUUAGUGAACAAGUGUAGGGUUGCUGAAGAGUGUGUGAAGAAGGCAGCCACUGAGAGAGGAAGUCACAAGGGAUCAUUCUCACAGAACCGAAGGAAGAACUUUGCACCUAGAGGUCCGCCUUUCAAGCGGGGAGGUUCUUUUAGGAGGCCCAACAACAACAACAACUCCCAAGGGAAAAGAAGGGAAUUCCUGGACGAGUACUUUCCAGCAGAGAUUACAGAUAGAUUGAGGAAGGAUAUUUCCUGUCUCAUUCAAGGUGAAUCAGAGACUCUUUACGAGUAUUGGAAACGCUUCAGGAAUCUCCUAGACUUAUGUCCCCACCACAAAAUUGACCAGUUGGUGUUGAUUAGCUAUUUCUGCCAAGGCAUGAAGCCUCAAGACAAGACUCUCUUAGAUGCUGCGAGUAAUAGCUCUCUGACGAAGUACAAGAUAGCGAUAGAAGUGUGGCAACUGAUCACCAAUCUAGCUGAGUCUAACCGAAAUGCAAGGCAAAUGACUAAUCAUCCCAAGGCUAUUACAGAAGUUUCUUCUAGUAGUGAGACCGCUGCUCUCACCAAGACUCUGAGGACAACAUCUUGGCGGCUACAAAUGCUUAUUACAACCGUCCGAAUCAAGGGUACUAUCAAUAAUGCGGUAAUUAUAACCAAGGUGGAAACUACAAUCAAGGUUGGCAUGACAAUUCCAACCAAGGAUGGAGCGACAAUUCCAACCAGGGAUAGAGAGAUAAUUCCAACCAAGGAUGGAGGGACAACUACAACCAAGGAGGCAGAGACAAUGGUGGAAAUCAAAGAACCACCCUCUACCCCCAACAAUCAACCUUCAAGCUCUAGUACACUUCCCUCUCAACCUUUACCCAACCCCAAGGGUGGAAUCAAUGCCAUCACUUUGAGGUCCGAAACUACAUUGCAAGAGAGGAGUCCCGAGGAACCAAGCUCAAGAGAAGACAUUCAAGUUGAAGAUAUUGUUGAGGUAGAAGAUGUUGAAGAAGAGGAUGAGGUACAAGAUACGGGUGAAGAAGAAGUUGCUCAACCAAGGAGUGGAGUGUCUAAGAAAGAUGAUGUUGUGAGAGAACCCAUUCCCAUUCCUUUUCCACACCUUGCUAGGAGGACAAAGAAGCAAGUGGGGCUAGACCCCAAGAUGGUGGAUAUCUUCAAAAUGGUUGAGGUAGCUAUUCCCCUUUUUGAUGCUAUUCGCCAAGUGCCUAAAUAUGAUAAUUUUCUAAAAGAUUUAUGCAUGAAUAAGGAUAAGAUAAAUGAUUUAGAAACUAUUCCUUUGGAUAGCUCUAGUUCUACUUUAAUGGGUGCUAUACCGGAGAAAUGUGGGGAUCCCGAUGCAUGCAUUACUAUUAUGCCAUUAUCUGUAUAUGAUACUUUGAGGCUCUCACCCUUGAAAAGGUCGGCAGCACGUUUUGUUUUGGCAGAUAAGAGCAUAAUUUCAGUGGUUGGCAUUGCGAAAGACGUCUUGGUGAGCAGUAAGGGGCGGACGUUUUCUAUUGACUUCUACAUCCUAGAGAUUCCCCCUAGUGACUCAAGAAGACCUUCAUCCAUCCCGCUUGGAAGGCCAUUUUUGAAGACUUCGCGGUUCAAGUUAGAUGCCUUCUUGGGUACAUAUUCUUUUGAGAUAGAUGGCAGAGCAGUGACCUUCAACCUUGAUGAAGUCAUGAAACACCCACCAGAAGACAACUCCAUCUUCCAGUGUGACAUUAUUGAUAAUGGCUCUUGA